GUUGCUCACACCAUCAUAUCGACGAGAUCGACAAAACUACAAGAAGCAUUUCGCGAAGCUAAAGUAGAAGCUUUUCUUUAUGAGAUUCAAUUGUUACAUGAAAAAUAAUCAAAUUAUUAAAUGAAUGUUGUAAAUGUAGCUGUUAUUUAUAAGUAGACGUGUAUAGAAACUCUUUUCUAAAUAAUUUAGUGUGCUAAUAAUUCAUCAAAAUAAAUGGUGAUGUCCAUACUUCUCAAAUUGGUGCUGACAGAUAGAUAAAUUAUGCCAUAGAAUCAGAAUUUUUAUGUUUGAUUGAGACAAUCGAGUGCAAAAUGGGCUUCUUAGAAGGAAAUAUGUGUCGAAUAUGCUUAGGAAGAAAGGAUUUGGUAGACCUGUAUUUAACGGAUUCUCCAGGAUCUAUAAGCAGUAAAUUGGCAUCAUUAUCGAACAUUCAGAUGAAUCAGAAUGAUGGAUUUCCCCCUUACAUAUGUGUUUCAUGCAUUCAAAACUUGGAAGUUGCUUGCAACUUUAUCAAGAAAAGUGAAGAUUCGGAUAUAAAAUUACGCUCUGAUUAUAUUCACAAUAGUUAUAGUCCUUUAACAUUACUUGAAAUGCCAUCUAAUUUUGAUUAUAAUAAUGUUAUUAUUAACUGCAAAGUUGAAGUCGAUGUUGAAGAUAAUGAAGAACAAAAAUAUCACUUUGAGCCUUCUGAAAACGUAAUUUCAUUUGAAGAAUGCUCUGAAUUGAAAAAAAAGAUAGCAAAACUCACAUCUAUGAAAAUAAACUUAACGAAAAAAAUGACAACAAAUAAAGCAGUUGACUAUUUGAAGUCAAAUACAAACCUUAUAGUAAAAAAGGUUUCGGGUAAACUGAGAGGCGAUAAGGCCCCAUUAAUAAAGAAGGAAGAUUUAUCUUCAGAUGAUGCAUCUGUAGAUGCAAAUGAUACAAAUGAUGCUAGUGAUUACGAACCACCUGCGAAUGAUUUUAAUGCUGAUGAUAGUGAUGAAGAUGAAAUGGAUAAAGAUUAUGUGCCAAUAAAAGUAUCUAAGAUAAAUAAAGGUGUUCGGGUUCGAUCUAGAAAAUUGAAAAUGAAAUCGCAGAGAUUUAUGAUGCCUAAGAGCAAUAAGCCGAAAUAUGAAAAAAUGACUAGAAGUUUAGAGUCUAGAUUUAAAAUUACUCCCAAAAUAAUACAACUAAGUAAAUACAAAAAUUGCAAUACAAGUAACAAAGGUCCAAGAGGUAUAGCUGAAAGGAUGAUCAAAGUAUAUAGACCUAGGAACCACUUGCAUGAUGGUAAUAGUAAAAGAGGUCGGAAACCAGUUUUAGAUCGUGACGAAACCGGUCGUAUUAUAAGACCAAAGCAUCAGUGUUAUGUGUGCGGUGUGAUGGCUGCUGAUAUUAAACAACAUAUGACUUCACAUACAGGUGAAAAAAGUCACGUUUGUGAUGUUUGUGAUAGACGAUUUAGUACAAGAGGCAAUUUAAUUCAUCACAAGAAGAUACAUUCUGGCAUCAAAUCUCAUGUUUGCCAAGUUUGUGGUGCUGCUUUUAUUUAUGCAAGUUGCUUACAGAGGCACUUAGAUAUUCAUACUGGUACUAAACCUCACAAAUGCCAUCUUUGUGAUAAAGCCUUCCAGCUGGCUCAAGGAUUAAAGCGGCAUCUCACAGUUCACGAAGGUGCUCGUCCCCAUGCCUGCCAUAUGUGUCCAGCUCGAUUUAAUCAACCGCAUCAACUGAAAACUCACAUAAGAAGUCAUACUGGUGAAAAGCCUUAUGUUUGCCAAGAAUGUGGAGAAGCAUUUACUUACAAAUAUGUUCUCAACAAUCACGUUAAGAAGCAUGCGGCUCAGAGAAUGGACCAAACAACCUCGGCACCUGGUUUAAAUGUCGAAGUCAAUGGCUCUACUAUAAAUGUAACAGUUACUGGUAAUGGUAAUAAUGGCAUGCAGCAAAUGGUAUCUUCUGGACAACAAAUGGUUUUAGCACCUGGUUUAACAUCGUUGCAUGGUGUUCAUCACAUGGCUCCAGAUAUCAUACAGAAUGGUAAUCUGGUUCAACACAUCACAACCAGUCAAGGACUUGUAGGAUUAGUUCAGGCGAAUAUAGCUUUGGGUCCACCAGUGUGCAGUCAAUGAUUGGAAAAUAAAUGACUGUUUACUUUACGCUGCAAGUUAGAAAUGUUCACCGAGACUCACAAUCUUAUUGAGAAUUUGAUGGGUAAUAUAUUAUUAUUAUUACUACAUUUAGUACAUUUAG